AUGAACGAGCACUCCAGACCAUCAGGGGCCAAGAGCGUAGUGGUCACUGGCGGUGCCAGUGGGCUCGGUCUGGCCAUGACCGCACACUUCGCAUCGCAAGGCCAUCGCGUGACUAUACUAGACGUGAACGCGGAGUCAGGUCCAGGAGUCGCCGCCGAGGUUGCCUCUCAACAUCCACAAGCCACCGUGACGUUCAAGAAAUCCGACGUCUCAUCGUGGAACGACCUCGCCGCAGUGUUCAAAGAGAUCUACCAAGAAGCCGGCAGGAUAGAUAUUGUCAUGGCUAAUGCCGGCAUCUCUGGGCAGGGGACGUCGAACCUGGCUGUGGAAGAUGGGGAUGAGCCAUCUGAGCCGAAGUUGAAGACGCUGGAUGUCAACUUGACUGGCACCAUAUACAGCGUGAAGCUCGCAAUCCAUUAUAUGCAGAAAAACCAGCCGGACCCAUCUACCGGCUCUAAGGGGUCCAUAAUCUGCACGGCUUCUAACGCGGGACUCUACGCGUUUCCAGUGGCGCCUUUAUACGCGGCCUCCAAGUUCGGCGUUAUCGGACUGGUGCGAUCAUUAGGGCCCGUUCUCGGACGGCAGGGCAUCCAGAUCAACGCCCUUGCACCAGCAGUCCUAGAAAGCAACAUUGCUCCGUCGAAGGAGCUCUUCAAGAACAUGAUUAUCACGCCCAAGUCUACGCUCAUCCGAGGUGUUGCCAAGUUCAUCGAAGACCCUGGCUUGUGUGGCUGCGUAGCUGAGAUCCAUGGGGAGGACGUGACCCUUCGGCCGCCUCAUGACUUUGUGGAUGUGCACAGUCGGACGAACUUGGAGACCUUUUGGGGUUUGGGUUACGCUUAG